AUGGAGGAGUCAAGCAAGCCUCUCCGAUACGUUGAUAUCGGUAUCAACUUGAGCGAUCCCAUGUUCCGUGGUCAUUAUCAUGGCAAGCAAGCCCACGAUGAUGACUUGGAUGAUGUCGUUCAGCGUGCAAAGGAUGUCGGCUGUGCCAAGUUCAUGGUCACCGGUUCAGAUCUAGUUGAAUCUGAAGCAGCCCUGGUUUUUGCUAUGCCACCGUUGGCGUGCACCCUUGCCAGGCAAAGCUCUUCGACGAGUACCCCGGGUGGCCCAUCAAAGAUGAUCGAGGAUCUCCGGAAGCUAGCCCUCGAGUCCAAGGAGGCCGGCUUUACCGUCGCCUUUGGUGAGAUUGGACUCGAUUAUGACAGAUUGUUCCUCAGCAAGAAGGAGCCUCAGCUCAAGUACUUCGAGGCCCAAUUAGAUCUUGCCAUCGAGAUUGGACUGCCACUGUUCCUCCACUCCCGAGCUGCUAGCGAAGAUUUUGAGAGGCUACUGGCCUCAAGGCUUGAUAGGCUUCCUAAGGGUGGUCUUGUGCACAGUUUCACCGGAACGAUGGAGGAGAUGCAGCGGCUCGUGGCGCUCGGUCUGGACAUCGGCGUCAACGGCUGCAGCAUGAAGACGGAAGAGAACCUAGAAGUCGUUAAGGCCAUUCCAUUGGAAAGGAUACAGAUCGAAACUGAUGGGCCUUGGUGUGAAAUCCGACCCUCGCAUGCAUCGGCCAAGCACUUGAACGGUGCUCCCGAUCUUCCCAAGUCGGUCAAGAAGGAGAAGUGGCAGAAGGGCUUCAUGGUCAAGGGACGUAAUGAGCCCGUGGCUAUUGCCCGCGUUGCACACGUUAUUGCUUCGAUCAAGGAGAUUUCCGUAGAGGAAGUUUGUGAAGCGGCUUGGAACAACUCCAUCAGAAUGUUUGGACUCGGCGAGCAGUCCCAGUAG